CAGCCGCGUCCCGCCCGCAGGGAAGGCGCAGGAGGCUCUGCUGCAGCGCUACCGGGUGGGUUCGCUGCUGGGGCGCGGCGGCUUCGGCAGCGUCUUCUCGGCCACGCGGCUCUCGGACGGCGCCCCGGUGAGCGGCGGGGCCGGCGGCGGGCGCAGGAGGAGGGCGCGGAGGGGGAGGACGAGGCGCAGCAGGAGGAGGAGGAGGAGGCGGCUGGGUCUCGGCAGGGCGGGCGGCGAGCUGAGCCCGCUGCUGCCCUUGGCUUGCAGGUGGCCAUCAAAAGGGUGCCGCGGAACCGCAUCCGGCACUGGGACGAGCUGCCCGACGGCACCAGCGCACCCCUGGAGAUCGUGCUGCUGGCCAAGGUGUCCACCGGCUUCCCUGGUGUCGUGCAGCUGCUGGAGUGGCUCGAGCUCCCCAACAACAUCGUGAUGGUGCUGGAGCGGCCAGAGCGCUCUCAGGACCUCCUGCGUUUCAUUCGGGCACGGGGGUUCCUGUGCGAGGAGGUGGCGCGGGAGCUGUUCCGCCAGGUGCUGGAGGCCGUGCGGCACUGCACCAGCUGCGGGGUCCUGCACCGCGACAUCAAGCCAGAGAACAUCCUGGUUGACCUGGCCAGCGGGCAGGCCAAAUUGAUCGACUUUGGCUGUGGCACCUACCUGCAAGACACAGCCUACACCUACUUUGCAGGCAGGGGACUGAGCCUCCAGCUGGCUUGCUUUUGA